GCACCGCAGCAAAUCGUCAGCCUUCUGGACAGCACGACCAUUGCAGGUGUUUCCUCCAUGGUGUCGACAUCUGCAUUCAUCAGCUCGGCAUUGGUGCCCUCGACCACCUAUGUCUACGCCCUUCUCAGUGCGAGAAACGCCUCUCAUCUUGCCAUGGGUGAGCAGUCCGCCUCCCUGCAAGACGCAGCCAUCUACGGCAUCCAAGUCUCCCUGUCUCUGCCCUUCGUGGCAGAUGCUGCGCCUUCCUCGGGACGUGCCUUGGUGAGCCCCGAGAUCGGUGAGGCCCUGAAGGAAAAGUUCCGACUGGCCACAGAGGAGUGGUCUGACGAGGAUGCAUCUACCCUGCGCUAUGCGUUCUACAUCUUCCCACUUGGCGAUACCUACUCAGUGACGGAAGGCUCAGAUGGAAGCGGCUUGCAGUCAACACCUGCCUUCCAGAUGCCAGAGAUUGAGUGGAAUGAUCCCUCGAGCGCACAGUACUUCACGAAGCUGGGUGGAUCCCUGGUUGGCAUCUUUGGCUCCUCCGCCAGCGUCUCCGGCCUGGAUCUGGCAAGCGGAGCUUACUUCACAGUUGCCCGUGCCCGGGACCACCUCGGCGGCGCGGCCGCGGCAGCCGUGCUCGGGCCGUGGGUGAGGCAACCGGCCACACUCUCCACAGCCGACCUGACCAAUGCACUGGUGGCUGUGCAACAGUCGAGCGACCCAACCAAGAUUCUAUCCUCGCUCAAUGCCGUUACAGAGAUGUCAGGUGCAGUCGGCGACACAGAUGUGGAGUCCAAGAAGGAGGUAACCAACCUGGCCCUCUCGGCGCUGGAGAGCGUCACUUCGAUU